GCCACCGGAAGUGGCCCACCCCUCUGCCUCGUUUUCGCAAAGUAUGCGAGUGAUUGACAGGUGCAGUGUAACCUAGCUGCAGCGCGCCUUCCUAUUGGCUGGCCGUGAGGCGGGACGCUGGGUCACCGAGCUGAUUGGAUGACCCGUAGAGUCGCCGUGCGCAGCCAGUUGGGGAUUUCGAGGCCGUGUGCAAACCGCGUGUGGCGCAGCGCAGAGAAACGACAGUCGGGACGAAAACAUCUCUGAAGCCAUGAGCAGCAACGAGUGCUUCAAAUGUGGCCGCACUGGUCACUGGGCAAGGGAGUGCCCUACCGGAGGUGGGCGUGGCCGCGGCGGGAGAGGCAGAGGCCGCGGGGGAUUCAGCUCCUCCAGAGGUUUCCAAUUCAUUUCUUCAUCUCUUCCAGACAUCUGCUACCGCUGUGGGGAGUCUGGCCACCUUGCUAAGGAUUGUGAUCUGCAGGAGGAUGCUUGCUAUAACUGUGGCAGAGGUGGGCACAUCGCCAAGGACUGCAAGGAGCCACGGAAAGAGCGGGAGCAGUGCUGCUACAACUGUGGCAAGCCGGGGCACCUUGCCCGUGAUUGUGACCACGCCGAUGAACAGAAGUGCUAUUCUUGCGGAGAGUUUGGGCACAUCCAGAAGGACUGCACCAAGGUGAAAUGUUACAGGUGUGGGGAGACCGGCCACGUGGCCAUCAACUGCAGCAAAACGAGUGAAGUCAACUGUUACCGCUGCGGGGAGUCGGGGCACCUUGCGCGGGAAUGCACGAUCGAAGCCACGGCCUAAAUAUCCUUCGUCGCCCCUCCUUUUUCUGAUUGAUGGUUGUAUUCUUUUCUCUGAGUCCUCUUCACUGGCCAAAGGUUGGCAGAUAGAGCUAUUCCCCGGCCGUGAGCUUUACUUGACGUGUAAAAGGAGGAAAGGGGUGGAAACACAAAAUGACUUUCUGCAUUUAAACUACAAAAAAAAAAAUGUUUAUGUUUAGUUUGGUAGAGGUGUUAUGUAUAAUGCUUUGUUAAAGAACCCCCUUUCCGUGCCACUGGUGAAUAGGGAAUUCAAUGGGAAGAGUCGGCCCCCGGGCAGGUAUUCGGCAGCCCUCCUGCUCCUCGGGGGCGGGGAAAAGCUAUUGGGAGUUUCUGCGCAACUUUGCGUUUGUGACAGUCUCAUUGGCUGUUCAUCCACACCUGUCUCGGGCCUGUCUACAGCGAGAGUCACGCGUCAGCCAGUGGCCCUGUCGCAUCUGAACCCGCCCGAAGCCGACGCUUGGCCACCGCGUUGCUAUUGGAGAUGAGGCAAAAGCCAGGAUGCGAAUACGUUUAUUUUUUAUUUCGUUUUCUUGUUUCUUUACGGGGAGCGCUAACGGCGAGGAGGCGCCUGGCGGAGAGAAGCCAAACGUAGAAGCUGUUCGGGAGCUGCAGAGAAACGAUGUUUUCACAGAAUCAAGAGUUAUUUUUGUAUACGAUAUCACUUUAGGCAACUGUUUGAGUUUACUUUGCUUGGAAUCAGUUUUUAAAGUCAGGAGGUAAAAAGAAACUUAAGUCCUAGAACAUAGAAAUGUAAUUUUAAACUAUCAAUAAAGCUGGAGGAGGAAGGGGA